AUGGAAGAUGUCCCGCCUCCUACGAUGUAUGCUUGGAGAAAGCAUAAAGGAAAUACGCAGCCAGUUUGGGAGCAGUUACCAAUUCCAAAAACACCUUCUGAUGGAUUCUUGAUCAAAUUACUGGCCUCAGGCGUAUGUCACAGUGAUCAACCUCUGCUGGAAAUCGAGGACCGUCCAAACUUCAAUGAGAAGUAUAUUCUUGGCCACGAAGGUUGCGGUGAAAUCAUUCAGAUCGGAGAUAAAGUGAAGGAUCCCCGGUUCGAAUUGGGUACACGAGUUGCUCUUCUAGCCGUUCCAGGCUGUGGGCUAGAUACGUGCUCUGAAUGUUCGCGUGAUCUAGCCCAGCUGUGUCCUCAUGGUGUACAUCAUGGUAUUGGACAGGACGGAUUCUUCGCAGAAUACGUAGCAGUGAAUGUUCGCGCCGCAAUCCCUCUUCUGGAUGGAAUUUCUCCGGGCGUGGCAGCAGUUGCAACCGAUGCAGUCACUACGGCUUAUCAUGGCAUUGUUCGCCGGGCUGAGGUUAAGAAACAUGAGACAGCCUUUCUCUUCGGCCUUGGAGGUCUUGGUUUCAAUGCUUUACAAAUCGUGCGGUCAAUCGGUGCGCGAGUUAUAGUGUCUGAUCUGCGGCAGGAGAAGCUAGAUGCUGCGAUAAAGCUAGGAAUUCCAGCAAGGGACAUUGCCCCAGCUGGGAAAUCAGUGCAGGAUUUCAUUCAGGAAAGCGACCUGCAAGGAAAGAUAGAUACUGUUUUGGAGUUUGUGGGAAAGCAUCAAACGUUCCAGGAUGCACUGCACAUCGUUCGCCCUGGGGGCAAAAUACUUUGUGUUGGGACACUAGAUCGCAAAAAUGAGUUGGACAUGAAGAUUGGAAUUCGGAAGCGACUCAGUAUCAAUUUCACCUAUGGAGGACAGUAUCAGGAUAUUGUGGCAGUACUAGAUCUUAUCGCAAGAAAGAUCAUUCAGCCUCAAGUAGAGAUGGGCAGACUGCAGGAUUUCCCAAAGGUUUUGAAAGACCUAGGAGAUGGCAAGAUUAAAGACCGCGUGGCCUUGGUUUUCGACAAAUCUACUUAG